CGCGUUUGAACUACCUCUCUAACCCUAAUAGGCGCAGGCGGCAGAAGAAACCAGACAUGGCGGUUGGGAAGAACAAGAGGAUCUCCAAGGGGAAGAAGGGAGGGAAGAAGAAGACUGUGGAUCCCUUUUCGAAGAAGGAUUGGUAUGACAUCAAGGCUCCGUCGGUCUUUACCGUGAGGAAUAUCGGGAAGACCCUCGUGUCGAGGACGCAGGGAACUAAGAUUGCUUCCGAAGGUCUCAAGCACAGAGUGUUUGAGAUUUCCCUCGCCGAUCUUCAGAAUGAUGAGGAUCAGGCAUACCGGAAGAUCAGGCUUCGUGCAGAGGACGUCCAAGGCAAGAAUGUUCUCACAAACUUCUGGGGAAUGGAUUUCACCACCGACAAGCUGAGGUCUUUGGUUCGUAAAUGGCAGACGCUAAUCGAAGCACAUGUCGAUGUGAAGACUACUGAUAAUUACACAUUACGUUUGUUCUGCAUUGGCUUCACCAAGAGAAGACCAAAUCAAGUGAAGCGAACUUGCUAUGCUCAGAGCAGUCAGAUCAGACAAAUCCGUCGCAAAAUGAGGGAAAUUAUGACGAACCAAGCUUCGUCGUGUGAUCUAAAGGAAUUGGUACAGAAAUUCAUUCCGGAGGUGAUAGGGAAGGAGAUUGAAAAGGCGACGACGAGUAUCUAUCCCCUCCAGAAUGUGUUUAUCCGCAAGGUUAAGAUCCUCAAGGCUCCAAAGUUUGAUCUUGGAAAACUCAUGGAGGUUCAUGGAGAUUACAAAGAAGAUAUUGGUGUUAAACUUGAUAGGCCAGGGGAGGAUGUCCCAAUUGAAGGGGAGGCCGAAGUGGCUGGAGCUUUAAUUGUUUGGGUGGGUUUUUAUGCUUUUAAUGUUAUCCUGGUAAUAUGAUAAAAAGGAUGUUAUUCGUAGCCAGGUGUUGUCGGGGUAUGAACCAGAGCCAUUUUUGAUUCAGUUUUAUUUCAGAUAUUUUUUUUUUCUUUUCUAUAAUUUCGAACCUACCAACUGCAAUUCUAUCAAGUUUAUAAGCUGUUUUAUUUUUAUGAAUGUUUUUAUGUCGACAUUUUUCUAUAUU